CCAAUACUGAACCCAUAUUUCGAAGCAGUAGCCCGAGGCGAAGCCUCGAACGUCACACCCUACGUCAUUUCGCCAACGUGAAUCCUACUCGAAGCGGAGCUUCGCUGGGGGAGGAGCCGACAUACUCGACACACGCCCCGAUGCCUCGACGCAAAACGUAACCUCUAGUGUUGACUAGUCGGCGCCAACGUUAAUAAGUAACUCUUAUUAACUCAGCAAAGGGAUGUUAGCCGUCGACAUUUUCCCCAGAUGUUCUAAUUAUGUUUCAUUGUUAGACGUUUGAUCUGGACUCAAGCUGUAGGCCUACCAGUCAGAUGAUUAACUCAGUGGAGGAGGAGGACAUUGCGGAUAUCAGGGCCUACUUUUCCACAACAAAAUGGAACCGCCUCUGUAUGGCAGAGAAAAAAAGAUUCCUGCAGAUCAAGGAAAACCAUUUGGUUAUGUCGUCUCUUGGCCUGUCCUUUGUGGCUCCAGCCUUCAUGAGGAGAGAGAAGCCCGGCCAGGUGAGAGUCUGCUCACCUGAAGAGACGGACUAUGAGGAGGAGCAGCUCUGGACCUCUGGAUUGACCGGUGCUCGAGUGUGGAAGCCACCAACAGUCAGACAGGGGUCUCUACAACAGCCCAGUACGUCAGAUGCAGUGUCUGUACAGAGUCUCUCAGGGCGGGGGUGGAGUGACCAGGAGGUCUCUGGAGGGACCACUCCUUCUCAUCCAGAGAUCGACCCCCCCGGAGGAGGAGUAGAGAGGGGCUCUGCAGUCCAGGAGGAGGUCUCCUUGGUUCUCCAUGAACAUUUGCAGGGCUCAAGUGUUUAUUCAAGAGAGACGAACCUGAGAAAUGUUCUCAGAGUUAACUACCAAGAACCGGAAGUACCUAAGGAUGACGACUACUUCUUCUGUGAUGAGUGUAGGACUUUCUUCCUCGAAGAGUGCGAGGUCCACGGUCCUAUCGUCUUCGUGGCUGAUCGCCCCGUUGCUGUCAGAGAGAAAGACAGAGCCAAGAAGACGCUGCCCGCUGGGUUUGAGAUCAGAGAUUCUGGGAUCCCUGGGGCCGGUCUAGGGGUGUUUUACUGUGGAGACGGUGGCCUUCCCAUUGGAACACACUUUGGACCCUACGAAGGACACAGGACAGAUGAAGAGGGAGCCCUAGAGUGGAUGCUCCUGGGAGAUCUACAAGAGCAGACACAAUGAUUACAUUGAUGCAAAGAGAGAGACACUUUCUAACUGGAUGAGGUAGGACCCUAUUCACUUUUAUACCAUCUACUGCAUGAAUAAUGUUCACAAUUUUCUUACUUACAUUACUUGAUUGAUAACAUUUAUAUUUCUCCAUGUCUGUUAUCUGAUU